UUUGGACUGAACAUGCUCAGUUUGAUUCUUUAGUUUCUCAUUCAAUGCAAGAAGCUUCCAAGAAACUAGAGCAGCAAAACCUUUUUCCAGAGUAAGUCUUAGUUUGAUGUUUCAUCAAAGGACUGAUGGCAGUUUGCACCCUGUGAGGAACCUUCAAAUGGUGGAGACCUUGAUGCAACGGAGCACUUAUUUGAUCUUCUAUGCAAGCAGCAAGAUGUCCUACAGAUGAACUGUCAUUAAGCAACUGUGCUGUGGUGAAUGAGAAGGACUUCCAAUCUGGCCUGCAUGUAGUUGUGAGGACUUCUCCAAACCACAGAUACAUUUUCACGUUGAGAACACAUUCAUCGGUUGUUCCAGGCAGUAUCGCGUUCAGCCUACCACAGAGAAAAUGGGCAGGACUCUCCAUUGGACAAGACAUAGAUGUUUCCCCAUACACUUUUGACAAGACCAAGCAGUGCAUCGGCACUAUGACCAUCGAGAUAGACUUUUUGCAGAAGAAGAGCGUUGAUGCCAACCCGUAUGACUCAGACAAGAUGGCAGCUGAAUUCAUCCAGCAGUUCAACAACCUGGCUUUCUCAGUAGGACAACAGCUUGUGUUCAGUUUCAAUGAUAAACUUUUUGGCCUCUUGGUGAAGGAUAUUGAAGCAAUGGAUCCCAGCAUUCUCAAAGGGGAGCCUGGCACAAGCAAGAAACAAAAGAUUGAUGUGGGUCUGAUUCUUGGAAAUAGUCAAGUUGCAUUUGAAAAGGCUGAGAACUCCUCUCUCAAUCUGAUUGGCAAAUCUAAGACCAGGGAGAACCGACAGUCAAUUAUCAACCCUGAUUGGAACUUUGAGAAGAUGGGGAUAGGAGGUCUUGACAGAGAAUUUUCAGACAUCUUCCGUCGAGCAUUUGCCUCUCGAGUUUUUCCCCCAGAGAUUGUGGAGCAGAUGGGCUGCAAGCAUGUGAAGGGCAUCCUGUUGUAUGGACCACCAGGCUGUGGUAAAACACUGAUGGCUAGACAGAUUGGCAAGAUGCUGAAUGCCAGAGAACCAAAGGUGGUCAACGGUCCAGAAAUACUCAACAAAUAUGUAGGAGAGUCUGAGGCGAACAUCCGCAAGCUCUUUGCUGAUGCAGAAGAGGAGCAAAGGAGGCUUGGUGCAAACAGUGGUCUCCACAUCAUAAUCUUUGAUGAGAUUGAUGCCAUCUGCAAGCAGAGAGGGAGCAUGGCGGGCAGCACGGGAGUCCAUGAUACUGUCGUUAAUCAGCUGCUGUCUAAAAUCGACGGAGUGGAGCAGCUAAAUAACAUCUUGGUCAUUGGAAUGACCAAUCGACCAGACCUGAUUGAUGAUGCCUUGUUGCGACCUGGGAGAUUGGAGGUGAAAAUGGAGAUUGGGUUGCCAGAUGAGAAGGGCCGAAUUCAGAUUCUUCAUAUCCACACCUCAAAGAUGCGGGACCACCAGCUGCUGUCUGCAGAUGUUGAUAUUAAAGAACUUGCUGUGGAAACCAAAAACUUCAGCGGUGCUGAGUUAGAGGGUUUGGUGCGAGCAGCACAGUCCACAGCUAUGAACAGACACAUAAAGGCCAGCACCAAAGUAGAAGUGGAUAUAGAGACAGCAGAUCGUCUGCGGGUGACGAGGGGAGACUUCUUAACCUCUCUGGAGAAUGAUAUCAAGCCGGCAUUUGGAACCAACCAGGAGGAUUAUGCAAGUUACAUCAUGAAUGGCAUUAUAAAGUGGGGUGACCCUGUAACACGGGUUCUGGAAGAUGGAGAACUGCUUGUCCAGCAAACCAAAAACAGUGACCGCACUCCGCUAGUUAGCGUUCUUUUAGAAGGUCCCCCACAUAGUGGAAAGACCGCCUUGGCAGCAAAGAUUGCAGAAGAGUCCAACUUUCCCUUUAUCAAGAUCUGUUCUCCUGAUAAGACGAUUGGCUUUUCUGAAACUGCUAAGUGCCAAGCUAUGAAGAAGAUCUUUGAUGACGCCUACAAGUCCCAGCUUAGCUGUGUAGUAGUGGAUGACAUUGAAAGGCUCCUAGAUUAUGUUCCUAUUGGACCACGAUUCUCCAACUUGGUGUUGCAGGCCCUUCUCGUGUUGCUAAAAAAGGCACCUCCUCAGGGUCGCAAACUUUUAAUCAUUGGAACCACCAGCCGUAAAGAUGUCCUUCAGGAAAUGGAAAUGCUCGAUGCUUUCAGCACCACUAUUCACGUACCCAAUAUUGAGACAGGAGAACAGCUGAUGGAGGCUUUGGAGCUGCUUGGUAACUUCAAAGAUAAAGAACGCAGCACCAUUGCACAGCAUGUCAAAGGGAAGAAAGUGUGGAUUGGAAUCAAGAAGCUGCUGAUGUUGAUUGAGAUGUCGUUACAAAUGGAUCCUGAGUAUCGUGUGAGAAAGUUCCUGGCACUCCUGAGAGAAGAAGGAUCUAGUGUGCUUGACUGAAUGGAGAUGGACCAUGUGCAGAGCUCGGUGGCUAGAGAAGUGACCACGCUACAGAAGAAACAGAUCUUUGUUCUUCUGUUCAACACACUGGACGAAGUGAAAUGUUCUUCUACCUUCAACAUCCCACUUGGAAUGUGCAUGUUUAGCAAAAUAAAAUCCCUUCUUUGCUCUUAAA